AUGCCGGAGGGAAAAUACACCUCCUGGAGCGAGGAGACGCACCAUGAUAUCCUCAUGGCGACCUUCGCAGUGAUGAAGCCGACAGGUGCGCAGUGGAAACUCAUCACUGAGCAGCUGCACGGCCUGGGCUACGGAUUCUCAGCCAAUGCACUCAAGCAGCAUCUGCAGAAGCUUAAGCGAAAGGAGAAGGGCGGCACCCCGAAGAAGGCCACUGCCUCUGCCCCAGCCAAGGGAGGCGCUGCGCCCGCCGCCCGAAAGCGAAAGGCUGCGGAACAGGCUGAAGAUGACGACGACGGCGAAGAUGACGACAUCGUCGAGGUUCCCACGCCGAAGAAGACGCGAGGAAGCAAGGCCAGCGGCAACGCCAACUCUGCCGACCGUCACCAUCUCUGGGAUGAGCAGCCCGGUCCUCCCGAGGAUCUCGAUCGCGGCUAUUAG